UUGGCUCUUGGCGCCUUGGCAACUUUACAGAAUAUACAGAUCCAGGACCAAGAGAUUUGCUAUAACUAAAUUCUACCUUGCCAAGCAGGUUCGUUUAAAGGUUCAUCUUCAAAGAAGGACACAGAAAACAGGAAGCAACCAAGCAGACUAAAUUUAAAUACAAAUAUUUGAUGGCUGUGGCAGCGCUGAGUCAGAGCAAGAGGUACAGAAAAACAAAGGAGCUCAAACCAGUGUUCGUUGUGUGUCUUCUUAUUUUAGCAGCCAUAGACCUGUCUCUUGCACUCACAGAAGAUACUGGACAAGCCACAAUUCCUCCUGUUAAAUAUACAAAUCCAAUUCUCUACCUAUGCACUUGGCUCCUGGUGUUGGUGAUCCAACACUGCAGGCAAUGCUGUAUACAGAAGAAUUCUUGGUUCCUGUCCAUGUUCUGGAUUCUCUCUCUAUUAUGUGGCAUAUUCCAGUUUCAGACUCUGAUACGAGCACUCCUGCAGGAUAGCAAGUCCAACAUGACCUAUUCCUGCCUGUUCUUCGUCUCCUAUGGUUUCCAGAUUGUCAUUUUGAUCCUUUCAGCCUUUUCAGAAUCAAGCGACUCAACACACGCCCCAUCAGCUACAGCUUCAUUUCUGAGUAGCGUUACGUUUAGUUGGUAUGACAGCACUGUUCUGAAAGGUUACAAGCAUCCAUUGACAAUAGAAGAUGUGUGGGAUAUUGAAGAAAAUCUUAAAGCCAAGUCACUCACCAGCAAGUUUAAGACGAUCAUGACAAAGGACCUGCAGAAAGCCAGGCAGGCUCUUCAGAGGCGGCUGAAGAAGUCCCAGCAGAGCCCUGAGGGCACGUCACACGGAUUGACCAAGAAGCAGAGUCAGAGCCAAGAUGUCCUUGUCCUGGAAGACUCGAAAAAGAAGAAAAAGAAGUCUGAGGCCACCAAAGACUUUCCCAAAUCCUGGUUGGUGAAGGCUCUCUUCAAAACGUUCUACGUGGUGAUCCUGAAGUCAUUUAUUCUGAAAUUAGCACAUGAUAUUCUUUUGUUUCUGAAUCCUCAGCUGCUGAAAUUUCUCAUUGGCUUCGUGAAAGACCCUGACUCAUAUCCGUGGGUUGGAUAUAUCUAUGCAAUCCUAAUGUUCUCUGUGACUCUCAUCCAGUCUUUCUUCCUUCAGUGUUAUUUUCAAUUUUGUUUUGUGUUGGGAAUGACUGUACGGACAACCAUCAUAGCUUCCGUAUAUAAGAAGGCACUAACCCUAUCUAACUUGGCUAGGAGGCAGUACACGAUUGGAGAGACGGUGAACUUGAUGUCUGUAGAUUCCCAGAAGCUAAUGGACGUGACCAACUACAUACACUUGCUGUGGUCCAGUGUUUUACAGAUUGCUUUGUCCAUUUUCUUCCUGUGGAGAGAGUUGGGACCUUCGAUUUUAGCAGGUGUUGGGCUUAUGGUUCUCCUGGUCCCAGUUAAUGGCGUCCUGGCUACCAAGAUCAGGAAAAUUCAGGUCCAGAAUAUGAAGAAUAAAGACAAACGCUUAAAAAUCAUGAAUGAGAUUCUUAGUGGGAUUAAGAUCCUGAAAUACUUUGCCUGGGAACCUUCCUUUAAAGAGCAAGUGAACAGCAUUCGGAAGAAAGAACUCAGGAACUUGCUGCGCUUCAGCCAGCUGCAGACGAUUUUGAUUUUCAUCUUACACCUAACUCCAACCCUGGUGUCCGUGAUCACAUUUUCUGUUUACGUCCUGGUGGAUAGUCAAAAUGUUUUGAACGCGGAGAAGGCUUUCACCUCCAUCACCCUCUUCAAUAUCCUGCGCUUUCCUCUGGCCAUGCUUCCCAUGGUGAUCUCUUCAGUCAUCCAGGCCAGCGUCUCUGUAGACCGGCUGGAGCAGUACCUGGGAAGCGAUGAUCUGGACUUGUCUGCCAUUCGCCAUGUCUGCCAUUUUGAUAAAGCUGUGCAGUUCUCAGAAGCCUCUUUUACUUGGGACCGGGACUUGGAAGCCACAAUCCAAGAUGUGAACCUGGACAUAAAACCAGGCCAACUGGUGGCUGUGGUGGGCACUGUAGGCUCUGGGAAGUCCUCUUUGAUAUCAGCCAUGCUGGGAGAAAUGGAGAAUGUCCAUGGGCAUAUCACCAUCAAGGGCUCCAUAGCCUACGUCCCUCAGCAGGCCUGGAUUCAGAACGGGACCAUCAAAGAUAACAUCCUGUUUGGGUCAGAAUACGAUGAAAAGAAGUACCAGCGAGUUAUCGAAGCGUGCGCUCUCCUCCCAGACUUGGAAAUGUUGCCUGGAGGAGACAUGGCUGAGAUCGGAGAGAAGGGUAUAAAUCUCAGUGGCGGUCAGAAGCAUCGAGUCAGCCUGGCCCGGGCCACCUAUCAAGAUGCAGACAUCUAUAUUCUAGACGACCCCCUGUCGGCUGUGGACACUCACGUGGGAAAACACAUUUUCAACAAGGUUGUGGGCCCCAAUGGCCUGCUGAGCGGCAAGACUCGGAUCUUGGUUACACAUGGCAUUCACUUCCUUCCCCAAGUGGAUGAGAUUGUCGUUCUGGGGAAAGGCACCAUCUUAGAGAAGGGAUCCUAUAGUGACCUGAUGGACAAGAAAGGAGUGUUCGCUAAGAACUGGAAGACAUUCAUGAAGCAUUCGGGACCUGAAGGAGAGGCUACAGUCGAUAACGACAGUGAGGAAGAGGAUGGUGACUGUGGGCUGAUCCCAACUGUGGAGGAAAUUCCUGACGAUGCAGCUUCCUUGACCAUGAGAAGGGAGAACAGCCUUCGCCGAACACUGAGCCGCAGCUCUAGGUCCGGCAGCAGGCGUGGGAAGUCCCUCAAAAGCUCCUUGAAAAUUAAAAGUGUGAAUGCCUUGAAUAAGAAGGAGGAAGUAGUGAAAGGACAAAAACUAAUUAAGAAGGAAUUUGUGGAAACUGGGAAGGUAAAGUUCUCCAUCUACCUGAAAUAUCUGCAGGCGGUAGGAUGGUGGUCCCUGCUCUUCAUCGUCAUCUUCUACGUAUUGAACUAUGUGGCUUUUAUUGGCACUAACCUCUGGCUGAGUGCUUGGACCAGUGACUCUGAAAAACAGAAUGGGACCGACAAUUCACCUUCUCAGAGGGACAUGAGAAUCGGGGUCUUUGGAGCUCUGGGAAUAGCACAAGGUAUAUUUUUGCUUAGUUCAAGUCUAUGGAGUAUAUAUGCUUGCAGAAAUGCAUCCAAAACUUUGCACAGGCAGCUGUUAACCAACAUUCUCCGCGCACCCAUGAGUUUUUUUGACACAACUCCCACAGGCCGGAUUGUGAACAGAUUUGCCGGGGAUAUUUCUACGGUGGACGACACACUCCCCCAGACUUUGCGAAGCUGGCUGCUGUGUUUCUUCGGCAUAGUUAGCACUCUCGUGAUGAUCUGCAUGGCCACCCCCAUCUUCAUCAUCAUCAUCAUCCCUCUCAGCAUUCUCUAUGUAUCUGUGCAGGUGUUUUAUGUGGCUACAUCCCGCCAGCUGAGACGGCUGGAUUCUGUCACCAAAUCUCCGAUCUAUUCUCACUUUAGUGAGACUGUCUCUGGUUUGCCUGUUAUUCGGGCCUUUGAGCACCAGCAGAGAUUUCUAGCAAACAGUGAGAAGCAGAUUGACACCAACCAGAAAUGCGUCUUUUCCUGGAUUACCUCCAACCGGUGGCUUGCCAUUCGCCUGGAGCUGGUUGGAAACCUGAUUGUCUUCUGCUCGGCCUUGCUUCUGGUUAUUUAUAAGAAUUCCUUAACCGGGGACACUGUGGGCUUUGUUCUGUCCAACGCCCUCAACAUCACACAAACCCUGAACUGGCUAGUGAGGAUGACGUCAGAAGUAGAGACCAACAUCGUGGCUGUUGAGCGAAUAAAUGAAUACAUAAAUGUGGAUAAUGAGGCGCCGUGGGUGACCGACAAGAAGCCUCCGGCAGAUUGGCCCAAAAAAGGUGAGAUCCAGUUCAACAACUAUCAAGUGCGGUAUCGGCCGGAGCUGGAUCUGGUCCUGAAAGGGAUUACUUGUAACAUCAAGAGCACCGAGAAGGUCGGUGUGGUGGGCAGGACCGGAGCUGGAAAAUCAUCCCUCACAAACUGCCUCUUCAGAAUCUUAGAGUCUGCAGGUGGCCAGAUCAUCAUUGAUGGGAUUGAUAUUGCCUCCAUUGGACUGCACGACCUUCGAGGGAGACUGACCAUCAUUCCCCAGGACCCCAUUUUGUUCUCUGGGAAUCUGAGGAUGAAUCUCGACCCUUUCAACAAAUACUCGGAUGAGGAGAUCUGGAGGGCCCUGGAAUUGGCUCAUCUCAAAUCCUUUGUGGCUGGCCUGCAACUUGGGUUGCUCCAUGAAGUGACAGAGGGCGGUGACAACCUGAGCAUAGGGCAGAGGCAGCUCCUAUGCCUGGGUAGGGCCGUGCUUCGAAAAUCCAAAAUCCUGGUCCUGGACGAAGCCACAGCCGCAGUGGAUCUAGAGACGGAUAGCCUCAUUCAGACGACCAUCCGGAACGAGUUCUCCCAGUGCACGGUCAUCACUAUCGCACACAGGCUGCACACCAUCAUGGACAGUGACAAGAUAAUGGUCCUAGACAGCGGCAAGAUUGUUGAAUACGGCAGUCCUGAAGAACUGCUGUCCAAUAUGGGUCCCUUCUACUUGAUGGCCAAGGAAGCCGGCAUUGAAAGUGUGAACCACACGGAGCUCUAGCAGUGCUCCCUGGCUAGCGGACUAGAAGAACAUUUCUUAGUUACUUUUGUUCUUGUGACUGUGUCAUAGGGGCACAGAUACACAGUUUGUUGCUGUUGCUCAGGUUGGCCUCAAACUCUAAGGCUCAAGCAAUCUCUGGUCUCAACCACCCUGUAAAAAAAUACACUUAAAAGGGUAUCAUAAAUAAAUACUUAAAUAAAUAGUAUCAGGUACCUUAGAAAAUCCACAACUGAGCUGGGGAGAUAGCUCGGUUGUUAGGGUGCUUGCCUUGAAAGCGUGAGGGUCCGAUUUGAUCCCUAGAACCCCCUUAUUAUCAUUUUUUUUAAAGUACGGGCAUAGUUGUCCAUGAUAACAGUUUGAGUGUUGGACAGCCAGAGGUAGUCAGGUCCUGGGGCUCACUAGCCAGCCAGCAGAGCUAGCCUGCUUGGAAAAUCCCAGAUCAGGAAGAGACCCUGUCUCAAAAAAACAAAAAAACAACAACAAAACCCCUAGGUGGACAGAGCCAAAGGCCUCAACACGCACAAACAUCUGCAUACACACCUCAAAAUGGAAGCCUCGUUGCCUUGCCUUGAUCAUAAGUUCUUGCUACCCCACCAUUCCCAGAAAUAACCGCUAUUCCUAAGUUUCACAGUUCUUUUGCCUGUUGUUUUAGUGUUUACUGCCUCUGUAUGCUCAGGCCAUAUAUGCUGUUUUAUCUGAUGUAAAUGGACUCAUACAGCUUGCGUCCUGUGGCUACACCUUUGUUAACAAUACAUUUGCAGUUUGUCUACACUGA